AAGCUGCAGCGACACGGCGGUCCCACCAAAGGCGAUGUUCGCGUUCACCAGUGGACGACGGCUGGAGGAGCGGCUUCUGUUAUGACGCGCGCGGAUUUAAAGCAAGAUUAAAGUUUUUCUUAUUUCAAUUACGCGUUGACCCGCUGCGGAGAUGGAGUACUGGAGGCAGUGCGCGAUGUGGCUGAUCGGCUGCAAUGUUCUGCCGGCGAACCACCGGGUCACGGCGGACACGGCGCAAGUGUUCGACCUGGCGCAGACCCUGCGGGACGGGGUGCUGCUGUGUCAGCUGCUCAACAACCUGAAGCCCCACACCAUCAACCUGAAGGAGAUCAACCUCAGGCCGCAAAUGUCACAGUUCUUGUGCUUGAAGAACAUCAGGACGUUCCUGUCUUCCUGCUGUGAUGUGUUCGGCAUGAAGAAAAGUGACUUAUUUGAAGCCUUUGACCUUUUUGAUGUCAGAGAUUUUGGAAAGGUCAUGGACACUCUGUCAAAGCUCUCCCACACAGCAGUAGCACAGCAAGGAGGAUUCAAGCCUUUUCCACUGGAGGAGAGCCUGAAAGAUGAGGACAUUUACAACAACCUGGAGGAUCUGAUUGAUGAGAAUGUUCCAGAGGACGAAGAUGACUUGUAUGCAGCGGUAUACGGGCUGGAAGAUGAGUAUGCGGGCGGCGAGAUCUAUGAAGACCUUAUGAGGACUGAACGGCAUGCACCACUGAAACAGGCAGAGGUUGAUGUGCGUAGCUGCUGCCUUUCAGAGAUUAAGCAGACGGAGGAGCGAUACACAGAAACACUGGAGUCCAUUGAAAAGUAUUUCCUAAAUCCAUUGAAGAAAUUCUUCUCUGCAGCUGAGAUUGACAAAGUUUUUGUCAAUAUUCCUGAUUUGGUUAAAGUUCACAAGAGCCUAAUGGGAGAUCUGCAAGACUCCAUCCUGAACAAAAAUGCCCUCAAUCUCUACAAAAUCUUCAUCAACUAUAAGGAAAGACUUCUCAUUUAUGGGAUAUACUGCAGUCGGGUGGAGAUUGCCAUUGCUGUUUUAGACCUCAUCUGCAAAGAGAAAGAAGAUGUUCGCUUGAAGCUAGAGGAAUGUUCCAAAAGAGCCAACAAUGGGAAGUUCACUCUGAGGGACCUGCUGGUUGUUCCCAUGCAAAGAGUCCUAAAGUACCAUCUCUUGUUACAGGAACUCGUCAAGCACACUCAUGAUGCUGCUGAUAAGAGCAACCUGAAGAUUGCUCUUGAUGCCAUGAAGGACCUUGCUCAGUAUGUCAAUGAAGUGAAGAGAGAUAACGAGACUCUGAGGGAAAUCGACCAGUACCAGAGAUCUAUCGAAAACCUGAAUCAGCCACUUGUCACUUUUGGUCGACCAAAAGGCGACGGAGAGGUGCGCUUGGUCUCCAAUGUUGACAAGAGGAAACAGGACAGGCACAUAUUUUUAUUCGAUGUAGCAGCCAUUGUUUGCAAGAGAAGGGGAGACAACUAUGAGAUGAAGGAUAUACUGGAUCUUAACGUCUUCAAAGUUACGAACAAUCCCACAUCUGACAGAGAAGACAAAAAGUGGUGCUACGGCUUCUUCGUGACUCACCAGCAGGGACAUAUGGGCUUUGAGCUUUUCUUUAAGACCAAAGAGCUGAAGAAGAAGUGGUUGGAUCAGUUUGAAAUGGCAAUCUCAAAUAUCCGACCAGAAAAGGCUAACCACAACUCCCACCAGUUCAAGAUGCACACAUUUGAAAGAAUCACUUCCUGUAGUUACUGUCACCUUUUGCUCAGGGGCAUCUUUAACCAGGGCUAUCGAUGUCAAAAAUGUGAACUGGGGGCUCAUAAAGAGUGUCUGGGUCGAUUGGGUCUCUGUGGGAGAACAGAUCCUGUCAAGCUGAAGCCCAAGGAGAACACAGCACCGCCAGGCCCAGGUUUACCGAGGAUGAUUGUAAUCAGAGACUACAGCGGCAUCCCCAGUCCCCUGUGUGGGCCCCCACUAAGCAUUCAGGCAGGGGAUGUAAUUGAGUUGAUGUUUGCUGACCUGCACAGCUCCUGGUGGCAGGGCAAAAUUCUGGCGACAAGCAAGACUGGCUUCUUUCCAAGUGAUGCUGUGAGGCCUUCCCCUCGUGUUCCAAAACCUGUCGAUUAUUCUUCCCAGCUUUGGUUUGCAGGGCUAAUGGAGAGAUACCAGGCUGAGGUGGAGCUCAUCGACAGAGGGAACAGCACUUAUCUGGUUCGACACCGGAGCAAAGACUGCAACGAAUAUGCCAUCAGCAUAAAGUUCAACGAUAAAGUCAAGCACAUUAAGAUUCUGACCAAGGAUGGAUGCUUUUACAUCGCUGAGAGUCGCCUGUUCAAGACUGUGCUGGACUUGGUGGAGUACUAUAAACAACAUUCACUGAAAGAGGGAUUCAGCAGCCUUGACACCACUCUGCAGGUUCCUUACCGAGAACUGUCCAAUGGAAACAUGCCUAAGGCCAUUACCAAGGUUGGCAAUGUUAUUUCUCCCAGGAUCGUCGGUUUUGCAGUGGCACGUUACGACUUCUGCUCCAGAGAUACGCGGGAGCUCUCUCUGCAGCAGGGAGACGUUAUCAGGAUCUACACCAAGAUGACCAAUGGCUGGUGGAGGGGAGAGGUAGAUGGCCAGGUGGGCUGGUUUCCCUCAACUUAUGUGGAAGAAGAAGACUAACUGUAUUCGAUGAUAAGUGAAAGUUGGCGACGUGCAAUGACGGCCACGCUCUUUACCUUUGCUAAGAUCUUUCCCGGAUAAAACCAGUACAUAAAAUGAAGCGAUGCUGCCCUUUAAGAUCUUCUCUGGGUCGCUGGUAGACUCUCACAUGAGAAGGAGGAAAAAGUUGGCAAAAUGGAGAUUCCAGAGAUGUCGUGCAGGGUUGUGGUUCUGUCUGCUUUCUCUGUUCCCUCUCACCUUCUCUUAUUAUUGAUCACUGUUUUGGCUGUGGUAAUACCUGCUUUGGCUGUCAUCAUGUUUCGACACCUGGAAGGUUCAGUCGUCUAGCCGAAGUGCAGAUCCUGCUGACAGUGCGCCGCCCAGGUACUUCCCCCAGGCAUGAACUCAGCUGCUGAGGCGCUUUGACCGUGGCAGGAACACAGGAUUCCUCACUGCUUCGCUUUUUGUUUGUGUUCAGCUUUUUUUUUAAAAGAUUUGUUUUAUUUCCUUCUCAAAUCUUCAAAAAUCCUGGACAGAUUUGAACUUUCAUUUGUUACUCUCCCAGACUCUUUAACAUUAUUCUUCUUUGAAAAGAAUUAUGAAAUAUUUCAGUAUUAUCGCUCGCUAGACUCUGUUUGACAUGAAGAGGAAGGAUGCCUGUUUGGAAAAACUCGUAAAAAGGAUACAUUUCCACCAGAAUAUGGGGCUAAAAUUUCAGUUCUAAUAAUUCCUCCUGUAUAGAACAGUUUAAAUGGUUUACACCUACAAAGCUUCUGUUUAAACCUGUGCAGCUCUACAUGUCACACAUUCACACACCAGCAAUGCGCAUGGUCGCCAUUUUCAGGAACAGAAUUUCAAAUCCACUCCAAGGACAAUUGCACCCAUUGAAGGAAUAGUGAACGAUUGCACUCACAAUCAUUCACUCACAAUCCACUUAACUUCUGACAUGUGAUAGGACGGUGCUUUAAAAAUACUUUUUAAUAUGCAUUUAUUAAUGAAAACUUCUAUCCACAAACACAAUCAAAGACAAAACAAUGCAGAAUAAGUGGGUGAUGUAAUUAAUGGUACAAUCUCAUAUCUCACUGUGGAAACCUGAGUCCUUUGCAUUCCAAAGAUUUUAGUGUUUACCUCAACUCUUCUUACUUUGAAAAUGAGUGAUUCAAGGAUGAUGUAACAGCUGUUCACUGUGGAGCAAAGUAGCACAAGGGCGUCAAAGUGAUGAAUUUUCCUUCAAACGCCAACGACCCGCUAACCAUGUGUGUGACAUCAAUAUUUAAUAAAAGCUUUCAAUUCAAAUUGUACUUUUGAAAUUUUGAUUGGCAAUUCUUUUCUCCUUUUAAGACAAAUGUGAUAUUGCAUUAACAAUGCCACUGCAGUUGCAUCACAAAUCCCAGCUGGGUUGGAGACGGUUGUGGAGGAGCGGCAGAGAACUGGCGGUUCUCAAAUACGGCUAAACAAGCAGAAGAGACAGACACCUGAAAGCAAUUAUGCUGCAUAGAGGAUGGUGCUGCAAAGUCUUGUUUACUCUCUAAUUUCCAGCGUCUCGUUCUUCUAGCAAAAUACUACUUUAAAAUAGUACUUUAGUAAAUUAGAACAUCAUGUGUCAGUAAUUUUAAAAAUGACACUUAUUUAUUAAACUGAUUCAUUACUCACAAAAAUAUUUAUUUCAUGUUGUUUUCAGUUCAAAGCUGGAUAUUGUUGCACAAUUUUUGGAUCCAAACAUACAAUCAAUGAAGCAGAAGUAACAUAUUUACAGUCAACUUUAACUUUUUCUAAUUUUGCCACAAAAAGCUAUAAAAUUCGAUCUAUUUGAUGUGAUUUUAUGCGAUAAAACAAAGCAAAUAUAAAAUUAAACAGUGGAAACAAAAUGCACACAUUAGGACAUUUUUGUGAUAUUUUAGAGCGUUGUUUUACAUCUGAAGGGUUAUAAAGGCUAGGGAAAAAGCAAAAAAUCAGGUAAAAAUAUAAUAAAUUUCACAUUGGGUUUGUUUAUAAGACAAUAAUCCAAAGUUUGAACAUCUCAAAGAGAACGUCUUUUGAAAACAGAAACAAUAAAACAGGAUCACAGAAACACAAAGAAAUAUUUGCUGUAUCACACA